CAUACCGUUCACUGCCUGUGUGCCCACUCCUCAGCUCUAACAAACCACUGCUUCUCUAGCCACACACAGCAAACUAUUACUCCGACACAAGACAGCUGUACUCCAGAUUUCAACGACGCAUUAUAACAGAAAAUGACACAGACUGGAAGGUGACAUUUUGUGUUUAAAGAGGCUUUAAACGACACCGCUGUCUUCGAGAGGCUCGCUUUUACUCAUCCCAUGUUCCUUCGCCGGCUGAGCUCUUUGAGCUCAUCUUUCUCACCCUGCAGUCUUCCUGCUCUUUCCCAGGCCCGCUUCAACAGCAACACUGAUUCCUCUGCGUCCUCCUUCCUUCCCCAAUUCAUUCCCACCCCUCAUCCAUGGUGGUCGGUGCCAGGGUUUCCACCCUGGCCUUCUCGACUUCCCCACUCCCACCCAUCUGCCCUUGACUGUUUCACUCACAGGGCAUUACACCCCCUGAACAUCAACCUUGGUGACUUUGGUCCUUGCCGUUCCUUCCACACCUCUGCAGGCCACUUGAUGGAGUUCCCCGACAGAGACAGAGGGCCGCCCUACAAACGGAGGAAGAGUGCAGAGGAAAAAAAGGAAAGAAAAGAACAAAAUAAAGAAAAGGAGGGACACAGAGGAGGAGCAACAGGGGGUAAGGAGGGAGGGUCCAAGAGGGAGCACCAUCACCUAGAUUCCAGAAAAGAUGGCAGCCUUCGAUCUAGUCACCACUUCAACGAUGGAACUAAAGACAGAGUGAAGAAUAAUGUCGGAAAAGAUGUCAGAGGGGAAACCAGCAGAGACAAAAAUGUGGAAAGGACUAAAAGUGAGACUAAAGACAGACAGCGAAGAGAGAGUGCAGACAGACAUCAUCAUCAUUAUCAUUAUCAUCAUCAUCAUCAGCAAGAAGGACAUAAAGAAUCACAGCCAGUGAUGCACAAACCCAACCCAUGGUUCAAAGGGAGGGGGUCUGAGGAGCUGGGUGGGCCUCACAGGGACACAAAAGGGACUUCAGAGCAGCAGAGGGAUGGAUGUAGUGAUGGAGGGCAGCCUCGCAGCACCACUCACCCCUCAAACCUGGGGCAGGUACCUGGAGGAAACACGCAGCCCUCUCCACCAAGAAGGGCUGUGAAAUCUCUUCAAAGACACUGGGAGUCCUGCAGCACUGACCUCCACCCACCAGGGGACAGUUCAGUCUUUGACUUCUCGGUGAUGUCCUACAACAUCCUCUCCCAGCAGCUCCUGGAGGACAACGCCUACCUGUACCGACACUGUGACCCCGACGUCCUGACCUGGGAGUACCGACUGCAUAACCUACUGGCAGAGAUCCAGCACCACAACGCUGAUAUCCUGUGUCUUCAGGAAGUGCAGGAGGACCACUAUGAAAACCAGAUUAAGCCUGCUCUCCAGGCACUAGGUUAUCACUGUGAGUAUAAAAAGCGGACAGGAAAGAAACCAGACGGUUGUGCCGUUCUCUUCAAAACCUCCCGCUUCUCCCUGCUCUCCUCCAAUCCCAUCGAGUUUUUCCGGCCCGGCGACACCCUCCUCGACCGAGACAACGUGGGAUUGGUUGUGCUGUUGCGACCUAACAACGGCAUAAGUCAUGUAAAUCCCUCCUCAUUCAUCUGUGUCGCCAACACCCACCUUCUCUACAACCCCCGGCGAGGUGACAUCAAACUGGCCCAGCUGGCAAUCUUAUUGGCUGAGAUCAACCGGCUGUCCCGCCUCCCAAACGGGCCGGUUAACCCGGUGGUUUUAUGUGGGGAUUUUAACUCUGCACCCUGGAGUCCACUGUACAGCUUCCUGACCACAGGCUGCCUGCAAUACAGCGGAAUGCAGAUUGGCAUGGUGUCAGGUCAGGAAAACAGUCCCAGAGGUCAGCGUCUCCUCAUGUCUCCAAUCUGGUCUCCCAGCCUGGGAAUAACCCACCAGUGCCAGUAUGAAAACAAACCUAAUGCUGAGACCUCGCCCACCAGCCCUACAGCUGUAGAGGGAGCGAUCUCUAAUCUCAGUGUGGAGGACCUCGCUGCCAAAGCUGCUUAUGAAUUCAGCAGAGCGUGGAGGAUCGAGCACAGCCUGAAGCUGCAGUCGUCUUACCAACAUCACCUGAUGCCUGACAGGAGACCUGAGAUCACCACCUGUCACUCCCGCACGGCCCUGACAGUGGAUUACAUCCUGUAUAGUCCCGAUUUCGUUCCACCUCCCUCGCUUCCAGGUGGGAGGGGACUCCAGCUGCUGGGCAGGCUGUCAUUGGUCGGCCAGGCGGAGCUCGAGGAAGUCAACGGCCUGCCUAACCAUCGGCACUCAUCUGACCAUCUCCCUCUCCUCGCUCGUUUCCGCAUUUGGUGCUGAAACGCUGCAGGUCCACUGAGGAAAGUAGGAAUGUUCAAGGAAUCUGCAGUUUCUUCCCCACAUAAACAACAAAAACAGUAUGAACAUUAAAUGCUGGGGUGUUUAAUUCAGUAUGUGAUUUUAUUAUUAAAAGGGAAAACCCUUUUCAAGUCCUUUCCAAGAGUGGCCGCAAGGUAAAUUAAUGAUUUCAUACAGAUGACUUCACAGAGUUACAACAAUAUUUAUUUUUCUCUCUAUUUUUUGUGAUUCAGAUAUUGAUACUAUUUAUACCCAUCUAUACUAUUAUUACUCUUCAUGUCUUGUUAUGGGAUGAAAAACAAACAGAAGGUAGAGGAGGGGCCUAAAUCCCUGUUGAACCACUUUAAUUAUAAUUUGUGAUCUUUUCUCCAAAAAUGCCCCAUCCCAUCUUUAAGUGGCAAAUUUCAUAAAUCUGCUUAUGAAAUGAGACUAGGGCUGCCACGAUUAGUCGACUAGUCACGAUUACGUCGACUAUUAAAAUCGUCGACGACUAAUUUAAUAGUCGACGCGUCGUUUGAAGCUUUGUAAGAUCUAAAAAGACGCAGGAGUA